AUGCCGGUUAUGAAGGGAUUACUGGCACCCCAAAACACCUUCCUCGACACCAUCGCCACCCGGUUUGACGGCACACAUAGUAACUUCAUCCUUGCAAAUGCUCAGGUGGCUAAAGGAUUCCCUAUUGUAUACUGCUCAGAUGGCUUCUGUGAGCUUGCUGGAUUUGCACGAACUGAAGUCAUGCAGAAGAGCUGCAGCUGUAAAUUUUUACUUGGUGCUGAAACAAAUGAGCAGAUGAUUCUUCAAAUUGAGAAAUCAUUGGAGGAAAAGGUAGAAUUCAAAGGAGAAAUCAUGUUCUAUAAGAAGAAUGGGUCUUCAUUCUGGUGCUUACUGGAUAUUGUUCCUAUAAAGAAUGAAAAAGGAGAUGUAGUACUCUUUCUGGCUUCUUUCAAAGAUAUAACAGACACAAAAGUGAAGAUUCCUGCAGAAGACAAAAAGGAAGAAAAAUGGAAAGGAAGAGGAAGAGCGGGGUCACAUUUUGAGUCAGCACGCAGACGGAGUAGAGCUGUCCUUUAUCAUAUAUCUGGACAUCUACAAAGAAGAGAGAAGAACAAAUUAAAAAUUAAUAACAAUGUUUUUGUAGAUAAACCAGCAUUUCCAGAAUACAAAGUUUCAGAUGCAAAAAAAUCCAAAUUCAUACUAUUACAUUUUAGCACUUUUAAAGCUGGCUGGGACUGGCUUAUUUUACUGGCAACGUUUUAUGUUGCUGUGACUGUACCUUACAAUGUUUGCUUUAUUGGUCAUGAUGAGCUGUCUACAACUCGAAGCACAACUGUCAGUGACAUUGCAGUGGAAAUUCUUUUUAUCAUUGAUAUUAUUUUAAAUUUCCGAACAACAUAUGUCAGCAAGUCUGGCCAAGUUAUAUUUGAAGCAAGAUCUAUUUGUAUCCACUAUGUGACUACCUGGUUUAUCAUUGAUUUAAUUGCUGCACUUCCUUUUGAUCUUCUUUAUGCUUUCAACGUCACUGUGGUUUCCCUUGUCCACCUCCUAAAGACAGUGCGGUUACUACGCCUCUUGCGUCUCCUUCAGAAGUUGGAUCGUUAUUCCCAGCACAGCACAAUUGUUCUCACACUUCUCAUGUCCAUGUUUGCCUUGCUUGCUCACUGGAUGGCCUGCAUUUGGUAUGUCAUAGGGAAAAGGGAGAUGGAACAGAAUAAUCCCCUUACCUGGGACAUAGGUUGGCUUCAUGAGCUAGGAAAACGUAUUGAGUCUCCUUACUAUGAGAAUAAUACACUAGGAGGCCCAUCUAUCAGAAGUGCCUAUAUAGCUGCUCUAUAUUUCACUCUCAGCAGCCUCACCAGUGUUGGGUUUGGAAAUGUUUCAGCCAAUACUGAUGCUGAAAAGAUCUUCUCCAUUUGCACAAUGCUUAUUGGAGCUCUGAUGCAUGCCUUGGUGUUUGGCAAUGUGACUGCCAUUAUUCAGAGGAUGUACUCCAGAUGGUCCCUUUAUCACACAAGAACCAAGGACCUGAAGGACUUUAUACGGGUCCAUCACCUGCCACAGCAGCUAAAGCAAAGGAUGCUUGAAUAUUUCCAAACCACGUGGUCUGUCAAUAAUGGAAUUGAUUCCAAUGAGCUCUUAAAAGACUUCCCAGAUGAGCUGCGUUCAGACAUCACCAUGCACUUGAACAAGGAGAUUCUGCAGCUCUCUCUUUUUGAGUGUGCUAGCCGUGGUUGCCUCAGGUCUCUGUCUCUGCAUAUCAAAACUUCUUUCUGUGCUCCCGGGGAAUACCUCCUCCGGCAGGGAGAUGCCUUGCAAGCGAUCUAUUUUGUGUGCUCAGGUUCCAUGGAAGUCCUGAAGGACAGCACGGUGCUGGCAAUUCUUGGUAAAGGAGAUUUAAUUGGAGCAAACUUAUCCAUUAGGGAUCAAGUUAUUAAAACAAAUGCAGAUGUUAAAGCUCUAACGUACUGUGACCUCCAAUGCAUUAUCCUCAAAGGCCUCUUUGAAGUGCUCGACCUUUACCCAGAGUAUGCUCACAAGUUUGUUGAAGACAUACAGCAUGAUCUCACAUACAACCUAAGAGAAGGCCAUGAAAGCGAUGUAAUAUCAAAAUUAUCAAACAAGCCUACAUUAUCUCAGACAGAGCUCAAGGGAAAUGGAAAUAUAAAGAAGAGACUUCCUUCAAUUGUGGAAGAUGAAGAUGAAGAUGAGGAGGGAGAAGAGAGCAGCACCCUGUCACCAAUCCAUACAAGAAGCACAAAUUUCUCUCAGCAGAAGAAAGCUGGAAGCAAUAAAAGCCACCUAGGGAGAAACUUGAAGCAGUUGGCAUCGGGAACGGUGCCCUUUCAUUCACCCAUCCGCGCUUGCAGUUCAAAUCCCACAAGAGCCAAACAUGAAACAGAGCUCCAUUACUACUCCAGAAGGAAGGAGAAAAACCUUAGGUUACAGCUUUCAGCACUAACCAGCAGUGGUCCACCUGACCUGAGCCCAAGAAUUGUUGAUGGUAUUGAAGAUGGAAACCAUAAUGAGGAAAAUCAAACCUUCGACUUCAGCUCCGAUCAGCUCAGGCAGGAAUCCAAGUUAUCUCCUACAAUUGGAGAGGCUGAAAUUGGUGCCGCUGUGCUUGUUAUCAAAGCAGAAGAGACGAAACAGCAGAUCUGCAGGCUUAAUAAUGAGGUCACAACUUUAACUCAAGAAGUCUCACAAUUAAGUAAGAAUAUGAAGAACGUUAUGCACCUUCUGGAGAACCUGCUCACCUCCCAGAAGACUCCAGGGCUCUGUGCUGUGCACAGCAUAUCUCGAAGUCCUACCCUGGACAGUCUUCAGUCUCAAAUGGCUUGGACUACGCAUCAACCUUGCAUGCACAUACGAGCUGGGAAAUUUACUUGCACCAAAGCACAACCUUGUUGCAGCAACACAUUACGUGACAUUUGGAAUACUGAUCUGUCCUCUGUAGGCAGCAGUCCCCAAAGAACUGAACCCAACCUGCAAAAUUCUAUGGAUGCUGAAUUUUAUUAUACACCAGGGCUUCACAAUUCCCCUUCUCAGUAUCAGGUAAUUCAGAAAGACAAUCUGCAGUUUUUAAGAUGCACCUCUCCCCAUUCAGACACUACCUUGACUCCUCUUCAGUCUAUUUCAGCAACUCUUUCUUCUUCAGUAUGUUCUUCAUCAGAGACAUCAUUACACCUCGUGCUCCCGAGCAGAUCUGAGGAAGGUAGCUUUAGCCAAGGAGCAAUCAGCUCACUAAGCCUUGAGAACCUGCCGGGAUCAUGGGACCUGGAAGGAACAGCUGGAGUCGUUUCUGCACAGACCCCAGAUUUCCCAAUAGACAUUGCGACAAGCACAAGGGAUGUUAAAGAUAAAGAUUACCAAGCCAUAGAUGUAUGA